GUGGAAAUGCAGGGAUCGGGAAGGCCACAGCGGUGGAUCUGGCCCGGAGAGGCGCCCGUGUCAUUCUGGCAUGCCGUGACAAAGCGAGAGGAGAAUCGGCCGUGUACGACAUCAGACGGGAAAGUGGGAACUCGGAGGUGAUCCUGAUGAUCCUGGAUCUGGGCAGCCUGAACUCCGUGAGAGCUUUUGCGCAGACCUUCUUGGAAUCGGAGCCCCGUCUGGACAUCCUCAUCAACAACGCAGGGGUCUUCCAGGCUGGCCAAACGGCUGAUGGCUUUGACCAGGCCUUCCAGGUCAACCACUUGGGCCACUUCCUGCUGACCCACCUGCUCCUGGACCGGCUGAAGCGCUGCGCCCCGAGCCGGGUUAUAAUUCUGUCCUCAAGUGCACACAUGUUUGGGAAGAUUGACUUUCGGACCAUCCACAAGCCGGUGGAGGGAAUGUGGAAAGCUCUACGUUCGUACGGUAGCAGCAAACUAGCCAACAUUCUCCACGCGAGAGAGUUAGCCAAGCGGCUGGAAGGAACCGAUGUUGCCUGCUACGCGGUUCAUCCAGGAUCUGUUAGAACUGAACUUGGUCGCUCUUUUUUACGGUGGGUAUUUCGGGUGUUUGGGUUCAUGAAGCUGUUUAGACGAGAUUGUGAUGCUGGCGCUCAGACGACCAUCUACUGUGCCACUGAGGAGGGCAUCGAGAGGCUGACCGGGAGAUAUUUCGUGGACUGCCGGCCGAAGGUACCCUGGCCACAAGCCCAUGAUGACCAGCUGGCCAAGAAGCUCUGGGAAUUCAGUGAGAGGCUGCUGGGACUGACCACUUAAGACGGGAAGAGACAGAGACAGAGUUUGGGGUCACCGAAAGCUGGCAUCCUAUUAACCUGGAAGAUCAAACUGCAGGGAAUCUGGAAACUUCCGAGAGGUUGUGGUGUGGCUGAGACAACCGUUGAAUUUCCAAGAACUUAAAAAACUGGAAAGUGUUGUGGGGUUUGUCGUGGAGAGUUGCUAAGCAUUGGCCAUAAGAAUCUUUUAAAUAAAAAAAUAACUCUAUCAAGUUGUUGGUCUCUGUUUUCUCCACCAGUGCUGGAA